CAGAAGUUCACGCAUUUAUUUGCGACCUCCGACUUCAUCCUUUCCGGUGGUGGUUUGGCAAAACUUAAAAAAUCGCUCACACUCUGCUGUCUGUCACCGCCGCCGGUACCGGAUCCGCAGCCGCCGCAUGAACGUUGAAGAUGUCUCCGGAGAUGGGAUGAGCCUGUUUUUUUGCUGUCGUAUGACAGAACAGCUUUGCAUAAAGCACACUGAACAAACCCGGUUGGCUCAUUUUGAAGACCUGGAAGUGAGCUCAUCAUCAAAGACGGACCAACUUGCCCUUCCAGAAGUGACAUCUUGACCCUUGGACUUCAGAGAGACAUGGAUGCAAUGGGACGGGAUGUUUUUGUCGCUGACCUGCAUGUGACACGAACAUGGCUACCUCCCACCAACGGCGAUCCCCUGCUCCAUUUCCCAAAAGAUGCCAUCAUCAUCCCACUGUGGAUUCCAGGGCAAGAACAUUAUACCAUUUACACAACACUUUACUACUCUUCUAAUUAUACUGCUGCCAGUUGUUUUGGACGUCUGCUGAUGCCAUUUCCUGCUAAGUUACAACCAGUCAGCUACUCCAGAGCAGAUGUUGCACAGCAGACAGCUGUGGGAACCUGGACGGAGACAACUGCUCUGGAUUUGGAGGGUGUUCCUGAGCAGACACAUGGCAAUGAUUGUGGUGUCUUCAUGAUAAUGGAUGACACGUGUCUCCUGGGAAGAUGGUGGUGCAUUGUCCUUUUAGAAAACCUUGGCCUGGAAGGGUUUGGAAGGAAGUUUGCCCAUUUUACAGAAGAGGGACAGGCAACCCUUGGUACCAAUGUACCACCGGUAUUCAGGAUAAAAAGAAAACAUGAAAGCAGCACCAUGGUCAGUGAAGACCUUACUCCUGCCUGUUUGAAAAUAGGUCACCACUUUCAGGGAUGGAAGGAUUCUGAGACGGCAGUAGUCCCACAAUUAUCAGUUGUCGUAUUGAGCUUUUCCAAUGUGUUUUGGUUGUGUCAGGCGUGCCGGUGAGUGAUAUGGAGGUGAGGAUCCACACGCGGGUGAGGAAGGAGGCAGGCAGGCUGACAGGAACAUUUAAAGGGUUUUAAUGAGACACGCAGGCCAAUGAAACAAUGAACCAACCAGACAAAAUGGACUAACAGGGUUUAAAUACAGGGGGAGCUGGGACCUUGGGUGAUUGGGAGACGAGAGGCAGGUGGCAGCAAUUAAUAUGAACACAGGACUGAACAGAAUGGGGAGACAGGACAGGGUGUGAUUUGUUGAUUUUAAAAAGCAGAAAGUUUGAUAUGUUGUCAACUUUCAAUGGUGGUAUAAUAAGUGUAAAUGUCAAUCCUCUUUUGAUAACUGUAAAACAAACUGAUACCUUUAUUUGCUUUCCUCUGAGUCCACAGGACACCGACCAUGUGUGUUUUAAGGCCCUGUCCACACGUAGCCGGGGAUCUGCCGAAACGUAGAUACUUUUCUACGUUUUGGCCUGUCAUCCACACGAAAACGGAGUUUUUUUCACACGAAAACGGAUCUUUUUAAAAACUCCGGCCAAAGUGAAGAUCUGCUUUUUCUCCGUUUUGGGUGUCUGCGUGUGGACAGACAAAACCGGAGUUUUAAGGUCCGCAACGUCACUUUCCGCGACAAAAAAAAAUGCUGACAUCACGUGUGCGACCUGUGUUUACACUAGCCGACAGCAUGGAUGCCCUCAGAGCUGCGCUCGCUUUAUCAAUUGUCCAAGCGCUUUUUGCUUGUUUGUUUUUGCAAGCGGAAUUACUGCUCCUUGCGGAAGACCACAGACGAAGGACGAGGUUAAGAACGGGGGAAGUACUGCCGCCUACAGGUCUGGCAUGUCCUUAACAACGUAUUUAUCCGGGUACGUGUGGACAGAGUUUUUUUUAAAACGAGGUGGUGUGGAUGCAAGUUUUUGGAGGGGCGGAUAUUCGUUUUUUUUAAAAAACCGGCUACGUGUGGACUAGGCCUAAGACACCUUACAGCUUUCCACCCAGAGAGCAGGUGAAUAUGAGUGAAGAUUAUUGCAUGACAACAAAAUAAAAUUAAUUUUAACUGCUGUGCAUGAAGUCAUGUUUUUGUGUGUCUUGAUUAAGGACAAUGACGGCAUGGACCAACACAACGUGGUCACCACAACCAGAGAUGUUGGGAUCCUGAGUAACGACGUCUUACGACAGGCUUGUGGGAAGGGCUCAGCAAGCUGAAGACCAAAGAAGAGUCAGCAGUGAUCUUCUUGUAUCAUUUAUCACUCAGGAUAAAGGCCUACUGCUACAUCUGGAAGCAAUCAUCGCAGGAAAAGUGUCAUCCACCUGGGCUACAUCGAAGGGCAGGGUGGACAUUUUCUUUGAGGAGGAUGAGCAGCUGGACAGAGUGGUGGGCUUCUUCACAAGCCUGGUUGAAGCACAGACAACCAGAUGUCACAAUCAAGUGGCAUUCAUGAUGGAUGUGCUUCUGCCAGAGCUGUCCAUGAAUGUUGACGGACAAAGCCACAGAACAGUACGGCAGUGGGCUGCAGUAUGACUGGAGUGAGAGGCAGCUGAUGUCCUAUGCCGUGGAAAAAAACACGAGCAAGGAGGCUAAACAGAAACUGCUCAUAUACACGGAGAAACUCAGAAAAGCUCUGGAUUCAUCUGAAUUUUUGAAGAGGCUGUAGUAUUGUGUUGACAUAUUUUUUUUUUGGAAGGUAUUUGUAAGGCCAAUAAAAGUUGUUGCUGGUUGUUUCA